UCGGAGGGCAACCUCGACAUGGAAGAAGUUUUUAUUUCUUCUGCGCCUAUUUACUCACUUUUUGGAAAAUGUUUUAUUUCACCUAAGACAAUGCAUCGGUUUAUAGGAUUUUAACAGAAGGGAUAAAGAUGUUUUUGUUGGCUUUUAUUCUCUUCCUCCAAAGCUGUGGUGAAAGCACCCAGCACGUCACCAGACCAAACAUUGUUAUGGUGAUGAGUGAUGCAUUUGAUGGUCGACUAUCGUUUGAACCAGGCAGCAAAGUUGUGCGGCUUCCAUAUAUAAAUUAUCUCCAGGAUCUGGGCUCUACUUUCCUCAAUACUUACACAAACUCGCCCAUCUGCUGCCCUUCAAGAGCAGCAAUGUGGAGUGGUCAGUAUGUUCACCUCAGUCAGUCUUGGAACAACUACAAGUGCUUGGAUGCAAACUCAACCACGUGGAUGGACUUGCUGGAGAGGAAGGGAUAUCGUACAAAGAUGCUGGGAAAGCUGGAUUACACCUCAGGGAGUCACUCAGUCAGUAAUCGCGUCGAGGCGUGGACUCGAGAUGUCCGGUUCCUUCUUCGCCAGGAAGGCCGACCUGUUGCCGAACUUAUUGGCAACAUGUCAACCAGAAGAAUUAUGGGAAAAGACUGGAAGAACACAGAUAAAGCUGCUCAGUGGAUCCGCCAAACAGCUGCUACUUCAAAAGAACCCUUUGCUCUUUAUCUCGGCCUCAAUCUGCCUCAUCCAUAUAGAACUGAAUCUCUGGGUCCUACAGCUGGAGGAUCCACUUUCCGUAGCUCGCCAUACUGGCUCACAAAGGUGUCUUCUGAGCUUGUCUCUGUUCCUAAAUGGUUGCCUAUGGCUGCCAUGCAUCCUGUUGACUACUACUCCACCUUCACCAAAAACUGCAGCGGCGACUUCACUGAGGAGGAAAUCAAAAACAUUCGGACCUUCUACUAUGCCAUGUGUGCGGAAGCAGAUGCCAUGCUGGGUCAGGUGAUUUCAGCACUGAGGGAGAAAAGCCUGCUGGACAACACUGUUCUGAUAUUCACAGCCGACCAUGGAGAGCUAGCUAUGGAGCACCGGCAGUUCUAUAAGAUGUCAAUGUUCGAAGGCAGUUCUCGUGUCCCCCUGCUCAUCAUGGGCCCUGGGAUAAAGUCUGGGCUGCAGGUCCACCAGCUUGUGUCCUUGGUUGAUCUCUAUCCCACUGUGCUUGAGAUUGCUGGUAUCUCAGCUGUGGGCAAUUUAAGUGGCCACUCUGUCCUGCCAUUGAUAUCCACAUCCAGAAAUGUGUCUAAGAACAAACACCCAGAGUGGGUAUUGAGUGAAUAUCAUGGCUGCAAUGCCAAUGCCUCUACAUACAUGCUUAGGGUUGGACAUUGGAAAUAUCUUGCCUAUGCAGACGGAAUCAGUGUUCCCCCGCAACUUUUCAAUGUCACAGUGGACAAGGACGAGCUGCACAAUGUGGUCCUCAGAUUCCCAGACGUUCAGGCUCAACUGGACAAACUGUUGCGCAGCAUUGUAGAUUAUCCAAAAGUCUCUUCGGCUGUCCAUCUCUACAAUAAAAACAAGUUUGCUGCGUGGCGGGAUAGUUUGGGGAGAAACUAUCCUGAGGUCGUCGCUAACCUCAGGUGGCACGUGGACUGGCAAAAGGACAUCCUGGCCAAUGAAAAAGCCAUCGACACAUGGCUUCAUGGCUCUUCAAGAACGUUUUAUAACUAAAGAGAUGGCAAAUGUUUUUAAGCUGCAAAAUUAUUUUAACUUUUUGUUUUGUGUGUCAUUUGCACCAGUCGGGCAGGUCAAUAAAAGCUUUUUCUAUUCUA